GCAAACAACAAACAACAAACAACUACUUGUACCUCCCCUAAUAACUUUGUCCGACGUCUUUAUCUUAUACACUUAAAAUACCCACCUUAUCAUUUUAGCUCUCUCGUCCUAACAUUGCAAAACACCUAAAAACCAGUUUCUUUUUGUUUUUACCUUUUAGUUUGAUUAUAUAUUUAGGAGAAGCUACGGAAGCUGAAGCUUGUAGAAGUGUGAGGAAAUGGGAAACAGUCUUGGGAGAGGUAAAAGGACAGUAAAAGUCAUGAAAAUCGAUGGCGAAACCAUGAAAUUUAAGACACCAGUGUAUGCAAGGGCAGUAUUAAAGGAUUAUCCAGAUUUAGUUUUGCUAGAAUCUGAAGCAGUGAAGCAUUUAGGUAUUCGAGCAAAGCCAUUGAAAGACCAGCAAGAGCUAAAACCCAAAAGGCUCUAUUUUCUAGUAGAAAUGCCCAAAGAAGAGAAAGUAGUGACGAGAAGGGUGCGUUCAGGGAUCCAAAUGAGCGCAAAAGAUCGACUGGAAAACUUAAUGUUAGCACGAAGAUCGGUGUCAGAUCUUUCACUCAUGAAACCUGAGGAGGAGAAUGGCACAGCAACGGUGAUGAGGAUGAAACUGAGACUGCCCAAGGCUGAGGUAGAAAAGCUGAUCAAGAAUGAGGCUGACAUAGCCGAAAACAUAGUUAGACUUUGUAUGCUGAACAAUAACACUCGAAGCUGUCCCUUGUUGGAAAAACAAGGAAAUGUCAAGAGAGGAAUCAAAUCACAAGAGAAACAUGUAGAGUUCCUAUCGAUUACAGAAGCGGAGAAUCAAUUAGUUGUGGCUUCUUAACAAGGGCUAAAAUGAAAGAGAUUAUAGUUUUUGUAGCGAACAGGUAUCACCGAGUUACCUAGAAGACUCAGUGCCGGCUUUAGCCGCAAUGGCUUUAGGCCCCAACCAUAUUGAGGCCCCAAAAUUACUCAUAUUAUGUGUAUAAUUUAUAUAAUUAUAUACUCAUAUUAUAUGUAUAAACUAUGGUACAUCUGAUUGCGUUCUCAAGUUAGUCAUAAAAGAAAUCUUUUUCAUUA